AUGCAAUUGCAAGGAGAGUUGAAGGACAAGGGACACCAGCCGCACCAGUACAGAGGCCCUCUGCAGGGCGUGUCUAUCAUUGUACGGAAUGAAGGCGUCAGGGGCAUCUACCGCGGCCUCGGUUGCGCCUACAUUUACCAGGUUCUGCUUAACGGCUGCCGUCUGGGUUUCUACGAGCCGAUGCGCGAAACCCUGACGACGCUUGUCUUCAACGACAGCAAGACCCAGAGUCUGGGUAUCAACAUGGCCUGCGGUGCUGGAUCUGGAAUCAUGGGCGCUGCCGCCGGCAGUCCUUUCUUCCUCGUCAAGACCCGGCUGCAGAGUUACUCACCCUUCAUGCCCACGGGCACGCAACACAACUACCGCAACGCUUGGAACGGAAUGGCCUCGAUCUACGGCUCCGAAGGUAUCCGUGGACUCUACCGUGGUGUCGGCGCGGCCAUGAUCAGGACUGGUUUCGGAAGCUCCGUGCAGCUGCCCACUUACUUCUUCGCCAAGCGGAGAUUUGUUCGCCAUCUGGGCAUGGAGGAGGGCCUUCCUCUGCACCUUGCUAGCAGCACCGUCAGCGGCUUCGUUGUUUGCUGCGUGAUGCACCCCCCUGACACUAUCAUGUCUCGCCUUUACAACCAAAACGGAAACCUCUACAAGGGCGUCUUCGACUGCCUCGCCAAAACGGUCCGCACCGAGGGCUUUCUGGCCAUUUACAAGGGUUUCUUGCCUCACCUGGCUAGAAUCCUCCCCCACACUAUCCUGACCCUUACCCUGGCGGAACAGACCAACAAGCUGAUGAGGAAGCUUGAAGACCGCAUCCUGCCAACGGCCGCCCUGCCCAACCCAUAA